AUGUGUCAUAAUAAAUGUCAUCAAUUAGUUUCUUUAGAGCACAGAGAAAAUGUGUUCAAAUCCUAUUAUGCACUAGGGUGUCAUAAUUUGCAAACUUCUUAUUUGUGCAAUUUAAUAACUGUUAAUAAAAAAAAUCGAACUUAUAAUAAAAAUACACAUAGCAGAAAAGAAUUUAUUCGAAUAUAUAGUUUUCCUGUAAAUCUAACUAAUGUUGAUACAAGCUACAUUAAAGUUUGCAAAGAUUUUUUUAAACGUUCAUUUAAGAUAUCUGAUGGUCGCAUUACAAGAGCUUUAGCAAAUAAAGUUGUUGGUACUGCUCCGCCUAAAGAUGCCCGUGGAAAAAGUGCAGCUGUAAAUAAAGUAACAACUGAAAGGCGUAUUGAAGUUAUAAAUUUUAUUAAAAAAUUUCCUACAUCUACAUCACAUUAUUCUAGACAUAAAAAUUUAAAUAAGAAUUAUUUAAGCUCCAAUUUAAACAUCUCAUUGAUGUAUAAUCUAUACAAACAAGAGCACAAUGAUCCAGUUUCAAAGUAUGUAUUCAGACAAAUCUUUGAUAAAGAUUUUAAUUUAUCAUUUCAUCCUCCAGUUUCUGACAGUUGCAAAAAAUGUGACAUAUUUAUUACUAAAAUUAAAACAGCAUCUGAAGAAGAUAUUGUGAAAUUAAAUGAAGAACAUGAAUUACAUCUAAGAAAAGCUGAAGCUGCUCGCAAUGGGAUGGAUUGUGAUGUACAAGCAGCUAAAACCGAUAAUCAAACUACUGUUUUUGCUUUUGAUCUCAUGAAAACUCUUGCAACUCCAUCCUUAUCUGUUGGUAUAGCUUAUUACAAGAGGCAAUUGUGGACAUAUAAUUUAGGUAUACACAAUCUAAGUACAGGUGAUGCUUAUAUGUAUGUAUGGGAUGAGUCCAUAGCCUCAAGAGGGCCACAAGAAAUUGGGUCUUGUAUUUUACACUUUGUUAAGAAUUAUGUAAGUACAGAAAAACUUAUAAUGUACAGUGAUCAAUGUGGUGGACAGAAUCGCAACAUUAAAAUGGCUUUAAUAUGUAAUUUCAUUGUAUGUUCUGACUACUUGUCUCCCACACAAAUACAUCAUAAAUUUUUAGUGUCUGGACAUUCUUAUUUACCAUGCGAUAGAGAUUUUGGGGUUAUUGAAAAACAAAAAAAGUAUCAUCCCGAAAUUUAUGUUCCAAAUGAUUGGAUUAAAGUCAUUUUAAAUGCUCGAAAAAAAAAUCCCUUUAAGGUUGUACAAAUGACUCAAGAAGAUUUUUUUUCCACUGUACUUCUUGAAAAAGACAUCACUAAUAGAAAAAUAAAUGGUGAAGGAGAGAAAGUAGAAUGGUUAAAAUUUCAAUGGAUCUUAUUUACAAACGACAAACCUUACCAUAUGUUUUACAAAUAUUCAAAUAAUGAAUUUGUUACAUUUUCUUGUGUGAAUUUGUCUAAACGUAUAAUGGCUAAACCAAAAGAACUUCAAAAACUCUACCCUAAUGGUCAUUCUAUUCAGAAAGAAAAAUACAAUGAUCUCACUGAACUAAUGCAGUUCAUACCACCUAUACAUCAUGAUUUUUAUAAAAAUAUUGAACACAACAAAUAA